AUAAGUCCAACCAAAGUAUCAAACCACAGCAAUCACAUUGAUACUCAAUGGCUUCUUCUUCAGAUAAUGAAGAAGUGAGGGUACUGGGAAAAUGGGCAAGCCCAUUCAGCAACAGAAUUGACCUUGCUUUGAAGCUAAAGGGUGUUCCAUACAAUUACUCAGAGGAGGAUCUUGCUAACAAGAGUCUUGACUUACUCAAGUAUAACCCUGUUCACAAGAAGGUACCUGUUCUUGUUCACAAUGGGAACUCCAUAGCUGAGUCACUUGUUAUUCUUGAAUACAUAGAUGAGGUUUGGAACAACAACAAUAACCACGCCUUUUUGCCACAAGAUCCUUAUCAUAGAGCCUUGGCACGUUUUUGGUGUAAGACCCUUGAUGACAAGAUCUUGCCUGCCAUAUGGAAUGCUUGUUGGAGCGACGAGAAAGGGCGCGAGAAAGCCGUUGAGGAAGCCUUGGAAGCUCUCAAGAUACUGCAAGAUGAACUGAAGGACAAGAAGUUCUUUGGAGGAGAGACCAUAGGAUUGGUUGACAUAGCAGCAAAUUUUAUUGGCUACUGGGUUUCUAUAUUACAAGAAAUUGCAGGAUUAGAGUUAUUGACCAUUGAGAAAUUUCCUAAGUUAUAUAAAUGGAGUCAAGAGUAUAUCAAUCACCCUGUGAUCAAGGAAGGCCUGCCUCCAAGAGAUGAAUUGUUUGCAUUUUUCAAAGCAUCUGCUAAAAAGUAGAAACCAUUUUGGCAUUUUUAGAGGUGCGAUCCAUAAUUGUUACCAUAACAUUUUUCUUCAAAAAUGAUACUAUUGUAAUAUGCAAAAUUCUGUUCUGUUUCUAAUGGUUUUGAAUGUGUUGCUGCUAGUACUAUCAUAUAUUAUAGUUUCAAGUCAAAAGAUUGACUUUAUGAUGUUCUUUGACACAUGGAAGAGUUGUUUUUGCCACUUUCUUUAUGAAAAAUACCAAAAAAGAAAAUAUUAA